AUGUCAGUCACAGCAGGUGAAGGAUAUUGGAUUGCCUUGAUUUUUCUGGUUAUUUUGUUGGGUUUAUUGACACUUCACCAUUUCAUGCCAUUGCUAUUGUUAAUGAGAGAUAGUCGCAUUCCGAAAGGGUCCUUCGGCUGGCCGAUUAUUGGGGAGACCCUUUCAUAUCUUAAGCCUCAUCCUUCAACCUCUUCCGGAGCUUUUUUGCAAAACCAUUGUUCUAGAUACGGAAAGGUGUUCAAAUCCCAUCUGUUUUUCUCACCGACUGUAAUCUCGUGCGACAAAGAGCUGAAUCACUACGUAUUACAAAACGAAGGGCGAUAUUUCGAGUGCAGCUACCCGAAAAAUGUACAUCAAGUCCUUGGCCAGAGAUCUUUGCUGGUGGCCGUGGGGGAGACCCACAAAAGGCUCAGGAAUGUUGCUGUCUCGCUCGUCACCAAUAUCAAAUCCAAACCCGACUUUUUGAACGAUAUCGAGAGAAAUGCGGCACGAGUACUCGAUUCUUGGAAAGAUAAGAGCCAGGCAAGACGUAGAAUAUCUUCACGCGUCAAGGCAAUCAUAGAUGAUAGAAGAAAAAAUGCGGGAAAUUGUUGCGAAAUGAGUGAUGAUUUCCUUAAGAUACUUUUGAAUGUCGACUCUUUGACGGAAGCUGAGAAACUAGAGCACGAGACAAUAAGAAGCAUGAAGAAAAAGGAUGAAUUACUCAACUGGAACCAUUAUAAAGCUAUGGAAUUCACACACAACGUUAUAAAUGAAGCCUUGAGAUUAGGUAACAUUGUUAAAUUUGUCCACCGAAGGGCAAUCCAAGAUGUUAAAUUCAAAGAUCACAUAAUACCAUCGGGAUGGAAGGUCCUACCUAUCUUCUCCGCCGUUCAUCUCGAUCCUUCUUUUCAUGUGAAUCCCCUCGAUUUUAAUCCUUGGAGAUGGCAGAAAGAAGAUGAAGCGGGCAAGACAUUUACUCCAUUUGGGGGAGGGUCCAGGUACUGCCCUGGUUUUGAACUAGCUAAAGUUGAGGUUGCUUUUUUCCUCCAUCGCCUCCUACAAAAAUAUAGG